AUGGAAGAAAAUAGCAGGACUAAGAGAGCUUCAAAACGCUGGGAACUGGUGAUGAGUAAUUUCACUGAUGAUCUGUGGACUGAGAUUUUCCUCCGCCUUCCGUUGGAGUCGUUACUCCGAUUCAAAUCGGUGUCCAAAACUUGGUUGUCCAUUAUUUCGAGUCAUCGUUUCGCUUUAUCACAUCUCGCAAUUGCUCCUAAAGAUGAUCAAAUCCUCAUCGUUCACCAUGAUUCACUCCAACCCGAAGUAGGAGAUGACGGCAGUUUUUCACUCUAUCAUCUCGAUUCGAGUGACAUUACAGAGGAUUUGAAUUUUCCUUACUCGCAAGGUGAGUAUCCCUUUGAGUAUCCCAACUGUCCCUGUGAGCCUGAAUCUCUACUUAUUGGUUCGGAAUGUGGUAUUGUUUGUGUUUUGGUUUCGGUCUCCAAGUGGCCUGCUGCCAAAAAUAAAGAAGAUUUAUAUCUUUGGAAUCCUGCCACUAAGCAGUCCAAGCUCAUUCCCCCUUAUACUAUACCCAAUGAUACUAUGUUUGGUGUUGCUUUAGGCUUUGGCUUUGAUCACAUUGACUUGGAUUUUAAAGUUGUUAGAGUUGUAUCUGGACCUCUUUUUGCGGAGGUCUAUUCUUCAAACAGGAAUGAUUGGCGAAAGAUUAAGCACGGGCUUAUUAAUAUCUCCGGACACAUUGUAUUUAAUGUAUGCUUUCACGGAUUUCUGUUAGCAACCGGAUACUAUAGUGGUAUCAAAGGUAUGAUUGCUUUUGAUUUAAACAAGGAGGUGUUUAUUUGUGAUAUUAAGCUCCCUGUUGGUCCUUUUGAUGAUGUUGAGAAUUCUAGUGGAAUACACAUUGCUCAAUACAAGGAUACUAUUGCCUUCAUUUUUUAUGAUAGUAACGGGGACAACAAUGUGAUUAAAUUGUGGACACUAGACAAUGAGGCAUGUCUUUCUGGCUGUGGAGUUGAGGCAUUAUGGACUAAAGUGCUCAGCCUUGAUUUAGAUGUGCCGUUUCUCUUUGUUGAGGGCCUUUUUAACAAUAUUCAAUUCUUACUACAUGGUGUAGAUGGUGAUCGGUUAUUGUAUAACUCGAAGAACAAAUUAACCACAGAAGUCCCUAGGUAUUUUAACGUUGCACCUCAUGAAGUUUUAAAGUAUACGAAGAGCUUGUUUUCACUCACAGGAUUCAAACGAAUCAAGUGGGCUGCUUCAUCAUCGAGGUCGCAGGAAUCUUCAGAAUGGGAAUUGGGAAUGGAUAAUGAAAGUAUUUCCGAUUGA